GGCGUAGCAGUUCAGUACGCGUACAAGUCUCGUGGGUAGCGGAUGCCAGCAGAGAACACUGGACGAAAACACGUUCGCUUCGAGCGCUUAGCAGAUUUUUAAAUUUCGCACAAACAAACAGCAUCUUCAAAGACACCAACAACAACAACGAUAGAACGACAACAACCAGCAGAGGAAGUCAAUAAAACGAAUUUAAAAAUGGCGGCCGUCAAUGCAACACAAACGGACUAUUGGAACUUUCUGUUCAUCGAGCUGGCAGAUCCCCGCACCAAUGACUGGUUCCUGAUCAAAUCUCCACUGCCCCUGCUAACGAUUCUGGGCUUCUAUUUGUACUUUGUGCUGUCGUGGGGUCCGCGCUUUAUGCGCGACCGCAAACCCUUCAAGCUGGAGCGCACGCUGCAGGUGUACAACUUCUUCCAGGUGGCGCUCAGCGUCUGGAUGGUGUACGAGGGCGUGGUCAUCUGGCAGUAUUAUAGCUGGCGCUGUCAGCCGGUCGAUUGGUCGCGUACGCCCAAGGCGUACCGCGAGGCACGCGUCGUCUACGUUUACUACCUGGCCAAGAUCACCGAGCUGCUGGACACGAUCUUCUUUGUGCUGCGCAAGAACGAUCGCCAGGUGACAUUCCUGCACGUCUACCAUCACACAGUCAUGCCCAUGAUCAGCUGGGGCACCUCCAAAUACUAUCCGGGCGGCCAUGGCACCUUCAUUGGCUGGAUCAACUCCUUUGUGCACAUCAUCAUGUACUCCUACUACUUCCUCUCGGCCUUCGGACCAAAGAUGCAAAAGUACCUGUGGUGGAAGAAGUACAUCACCAACCUGCAAAUGAUCCAGUUCUGCUGCGCUUUCAUUCAUCAAACGCAGCUGCUGUACACCGACUGCGGCUAUCCGAGAUGGUCCGUCUGCUUCACCCUGCCCAAUGCCGUCUUCUUCUACUUCCUCUUCAAUGACUUCUAUCAGAAGUCCUACAAGAAGAAGCAGGCGGCGGCCAAGGCCGAGGCUGAUGCCAAAGAGAUCACUAACAAAAACAACAAUAACAACAACAACGAUAGCUGUGCCAAGAAUCUGAAUGCCGCCAUAGCCACAAAUGCAGCACAGCAAAAGAAGGUGCUGUAAGGCAGCUAGGAAAAUACUCUAACUCAAUAAUCUCGAACACACACACACACACACACACACAUGCACACAGAAAUACUUAAUGGAAUUCACAUAGAAUACUUUUUUUUUAGUUAUAUAUUUGGGAACUCUAAGUCUAUGGAGCGGGCGUUGUUCUAUGCACAACUUUGUUGACUAAUUUGUUAAGUAAUCCGCCGCCAAAAAUAAGAAGAAAAAAAUUGAAAAAAAAAAC